GGAUUUCCACAACAAUUAUACUAUCAUACUCUCUAUAUUAUUAGGCCUCAUAGUGAGGCCUCACCUCUAUUUCCUAUAACUCGCCUUUCGACUUUGAUUCAUCACAAUGGGUCGUGCAUUCACCGCCAAGUCCUUCUUCAGACCUGCUCAACUUGUUAUCCUCAACAAGCCAGGAUAGCUGGCUAUAUUCUCUAAACAAAUCAAGCCUCGAUCAUCUUGAUUCCAUUGAAUCCUCAUACACAAAUUCAGAAGCGACGCCACUGUUGGAACAAAACACUUCUAGCAUCAGUACGAGCGAAUUGGACUCCUUUUGUGCGACUGCAUCAAACAAUCCUACUCUUUAUAAUCAAGUAUCGGGCGUAUCAACGACUAUGGAUAACGCAUCUUUUGAACAUAACGACUUGCAAACACGUCCAGACUUAUUCUUAUUUUUCCCGUCACAUGAGGACCACACAAAUGAAGUUCAGUCUGCAUCCGAGAGCUCUGGCUUUGAACAGCUUUCAAAUUGUGGACCGACAGGCAAUUUACCUGGGAAAAGUACUUCGAAUAAAUCAAAGAGUAUAUGUGAUGAGAGGACUGAAAAGCGCAGACGGAACAAUUUGGCUGCAGCUAAGUAUCGCCAAAAGAAGAUCGAUAGGAUCAAAGAGCUUGAAAACCAGCUUCAAAGUGCUUUAGAGGAGCGCGAUGAGCUCAAGAUCAAACUUGCUAAGCGAGAUGCUGAGGUAGAGGUUCUGAGGCGAAUGCUGGAGGGUCAAAGUUCUACCUGUUCAUAGAAUAUUAAUGAUAAGUUCUUAAGCACAAUAUUCACUAAGGAAGUGUUUUAAAGCUCUUUUCAGGCGAUGUCGACUAAAUUCAUGGCUCAUGUGCUUUCGGUUCGGCAAAAUGAUAUUCGUCAUUUAGGCUUCAAAAUUUCUGGCUACAGGAAUGCAAAUUUAGGACUUACCGCAAGCUGAUAUCAUAUUCUUGUUUUAUAGAACUGAAAACCUGAAAAGCUG